GACGCACGCACGGGUGUCGUCGGCACAUGCGCGAGAUGCGCACGGGGGAUUUGGCGCAUGCGCAUAGCGCCGCCCUCCCUUUCUGCUUCUCUCGUUGCAGCCGCCAUGGCGCCUGUGAAGAAGCCUGCAACGAAAGGUGGCAAAAAAAAGAAGCAGGUCCUAAAGUUUACUUUGGACUGCACCCAUCCUGUUGAAGAUGGAAUCAUGGAUGCAGCCAACUUCGAGCAGUUCUUGCAGGAACGAAUCAAAGUGAAUGGAAAAGCUGGUAAUCUGGGUGGAGGUGUGGUGACCAUUGAGAGAAGCAAGAGCAAAAUCACCGUAACUUCAGAGGUGCCGUUUUCCAAGAGGAAUGUAAUUUCUCACAAAGGUGACAAUUCUUGUAAGAAAAAAAUGUUUUUAAAACUGCUUGUCAAAACUUUAAUGGAGGAGACAAUUUGUCUUUUAAGAUAUCUGAAGUACCUUACUAAGAAAUAUCUGAAGAAAAACAACUUGCGUGACUGGCUGCGUGUAGUUGCCAAUAGCAAGGAAAGCUAUGAAUUGCGAUACUUCCAGAUUAACCAGGAUGAAGAGGAGGAGGAAGAGGAGGAUUAAAUGCAUGUGGAUCUGGAAAUAUUUUGUACAUUAAAAUUCCUUCAAUAAACGUGGGGAAAAAAAUGUUAA